AUGGGCCCCAGGGUCGCCGUUAUCGGGGCUGGAAUCAUUGGCAUGACCACGGCCCUGAGAGCUUCGGAAAUGUGUCCCGAUGCCAGCAUCGACGUUAUCGCCGAAAAAUUCACCCCACAUACAACAGGUGACGUCGCGGCAGGCCUCUUCAAACCUUACAUAAUCAAGGGCGUUCCAGAGGAAAAAAUGAGGCAGUGGUGUUUAGACAGCUUUGCCUUCUACAGCAAUCUACUAAAACGUGAAGAUUCUGGUAGGCUUGGGCUAUCACUUAUGCCUGCAUACCUCCUAAGUAAACAUUCGACGCCAAGACCGCUGCACGCUGAUGCAUUUUUGCACUACAGAGACGUGACAGAUAAAGAAUUGAAGAAUUUUCCGAGCAACUACAAGUUCGGAAGCUACAUUAUCUCAAUGACAAUUGAAUGCAAGAAACUUCUGCCACACCUUAUGAAAUGGUUCUUGAAGAGGGGAGGUCGUUUCAUAGAGAAGAAAGUAAAGAAUCUCGAGGAGCUUUUCCAAACAUAUGACGUCAUUUUUAAUUGUACGGGAGUCGGAGCAUUGUUCCUCACCCCUGAUGUUGAAUUACAGCCCGUUCGGGGACAUCUAAUUAGGGUGCGCGCACCAUGGAUCAAGUACGCUAUCAUGGGUGAUGACGACGUCUAUAUCAUUCCUAACAUCGAUGAAGUGGUGCUCGGAACAACUGCAGAGGUUGGAAACUUCAGUUUGAUUCCAAACGAAGAAACUCACAAGAAGAUAUGGGAGCGCUGCGUCAACGUCUUGCCAAGCUUAAAGACAGCUGAAAUAAUCACCGAUACCGUGGGGCUACGACCUGGAAGAACCUCUGUACGGAUCGAGAGAGAAGACCGUAUCGUCGAAGAAACAGGAAAAACGGUGACGAUUAUCCACAACUACGGACACGGCGGGUCGGGCGUGACUCUUUCUUGGGGCUGCGCUUGCGACGCCGUGAAGAUCCUUGAAGACGUCCUUUGCGAAAGCCGUCGCACCGGUGGAGUAUGACCAGGCGUACUCCUGAUAUCCCGGCAUCUUUAUUGUAAUCACCAGUGAAAAGGCAUGUCUCACUGUUCAGUAAAUGUUCUAGGAGCCGCCUUGUAGGCAUCCAGGCAGUGUAGUUCAUGGUUGUAUGCUUAAUGGUAAAGCUUGCGACGGUUCACUAAAUAAAAUGCACCAAGUACCCCAAAAUGUUGACCUCUGGUACCUCUGUGAAAAACGCAGAUAAUAAACUCCUAACAUUCGGAACGUCCUAUAUA